AUAAAAUAUAUAUAAGGUCAAAAAUAAUAUCUUUAUACCUUCAAAAAUAUAUCUAUAUAUUUUAUAUGCCAUAUAUAUCCUGCAUACACUCAACAGAAUAGCUAGAGAAGGACGCAGGCUAACACACUCGCUAGCGUUCUAGCUAGCUAGCAUCAAACAGAACACAGGCCGGAAUGUCGUCAUUUCCGGUUGCGAGACAUGUCUGAAUCUCCAUCUUCACAUUGUGCUGUUAGUGAAGCUUGCACUCCGGUUUCAGGUGAAUUAUCAGCGCAGGAAGAAGAUCCUGAAGGUUUUGCAGAUUUAUCCGAGCUGCCUGUUGAAGUUAGUGAAAGGAGACCGACUUGUUUACGAUGCUGCCGUCCGGUGAAGGUGUGUCUGUGUCCGUUUCUCCCCGCCGAGCCACUGAACGUCUCCACCUGCCUGUACAUCGUUCAGCAUCCUGCAGAGGAGAGUCGAGUGCUCCGUACCGUCCCCCUGCUGGCCGCCUGCUUACCUAAUGGCAAAUGCAAAGUCCUGAUUGGAAGACGGUUCAGUGAAGAGAGACACGCCGAGUUAGCCGCCGUGUGCAGGGACGCGCACACCCUCGUCCUGUAUCCCGGAUCCGACGCCGAAAACCUGGAAGACAUGGACGUGGAUUUCGCCGCCACUCCUCACAAUGUCAUUAUUAUAGACGGCACGUGGAGCCAAGCCAAGGACAUGUUCCUCAGAAACGCUCUGUUCCACUUACCCAAACAGGUGCAGUUAAACAGCGCCCCGUCCAGUCAGUACGUGAUCCGCACUCAGCCCACGAACAUGUGCCUGUCCACGCUCGAAUGUGCUGCUGUCACUCUGUCCAUCAUGGAGAAAAACCAAGCCAUACAGGAGGUUCUACUGAGGCCUCUGCGAGCUCUGUGUUCGUUCCAGCUGCAGCACGGAGCUCAGGUUCACCACAGCAAAGAGCAUCUGCUGAAGAGCGGCCUGUACGAUAAACCCCUGCCCAAGAACAAGCGCAAGAUCAAGAGGAUGCAGAAACUCAUCACCAACCAGGACGUCUGAGUACGGCUGGGACGUCCAACUAUCCAAGGCGUCCGACUACGACUACGACCGCGACCUCCAACUACGACCACGACCUCCAACCGUCCGACUACGACCGCGACCUCCGACCGUCCGACUACGACCGCGACCUCCGACUGUCCGACUACGACCGCGACCUCCGACCGUCCGACUACGACCGCGACCUCCGACCGUCCGACUACGACCGCGACCUCCGACCGUCCGACUACAGCCGCAACCUCCGACCGUCCGACUACGACCGCGACGUCCGACUACAACCAGGACGUCCAAUUAUGACCGGGAGAUUCAACUACAACUGGGAUAUCCGACUAAGACCGGGAUGUCAGACUGCAACUUGGAUGUCCAGCGAUCUGGUUACAAUCAGGACAUCUGACUGUCCAACUAAGACCAGAACGUCUGACUACGACCAAGAUGUCUAAUGUAUGUAUGACUACGGCUGCAGGAGCAGAAACGUACCCAAGAUUAUUACAUUUAAUUUUAACAUUUAACUUUCGUAGGUUUCUUUUUGUUAAGCGAUGAGAUCUUCAUGAAGGUUUUGUUUACAGAGUUAAUCACUGACCUCUACAUCUGAAGUUAAAUGCUGGAAAAACUUUUGACUGAAGGUCCGUUGAAGACUUUUUGUAUAUUUAAGCGCUGAGAUCGGAUUUCAGUGCUGUUUUGUUGUAGCGUAUUCCCUCAAGAAUGUACAGGACCGUACACAUUAAUGCUGUAUCAGUCUGUAUGACGGUUAAAUAUUUUGCUGUUUCAUCAUUUUAAAGUACAUACUCUGUUCUGACACCAGCUGGUUUUAAUAUAAUUAAAACUUGCUGUUUCAGUGGAUUGUUUCUCA